ACUCCUGUCGAAGAUGGCGGCGCUGUGUGUGUGCCGGUUUGCUAGCAGAGGCUGGCUGUGGAACGGUGCCUUGGCUGCACGUAGGGACUUUUGGUCUCGAUCCAGAAAGGAGAAGGAGCCAGUGGUGGCUGAGGCAGUGGAAGAAGUGAAGACAGAACCUGUUUUGGUGUGUCCGCCCUUACGAAGCCGAGCGUACACACCUCCUGACGAUCUCCAGAGUCGCUUGGAAUCCUGUCUUAAAGAAGUUCUUGGUUCAUCUCUUCCUAGUAAUUGGCAAGACAUCUCCCUGGAUGAUGGUCAUGUGAAGUUCAGACUCUUGGCACAUCUAGCUGAUGACUUGGGCCAUGCAGUGCCUAACUCCAGGCUUCACCAGAUGUGCAGGGUCAGAGAUGUUCUUGACUUCUAUAAUGUUCCAUCAGUUCAAGACAGAUCUAAGUUUGAUGAACUCGUUGCCGGUAAUUUGCCUCCCAAUUUGAAAAUCAGUUGGGGUUACUGAGCAGGUCAGCAGUUGACUGCAUUGAGAUGUUUGUACUCUCCUCACUGAGGUGGCCAACAAACCUUGUGAAGUGCUACCCUUCAGAACUCUUCUCAAACCUCCCUCCCUUUACUUUUUUGUUUUUUCCUAUAGAAGAAUAUAUCUUUUUUUUUUUUCUCAUGGAGAAUCAACAAAGAAAACAUUUUCAUAUUUGCUAAAGCUAUCCCGCCAGCCCCCAAUAAAAUCAAGUUUUGGUAAUUUAUGUAAUGUUCUUAUUCUGAUGCUUAUAGUCAGGGCUCUUGAGAGGAACAGGAGUGACAGGAUGAAUAUGUAUGUAAAGGGUUCAUCAGAUUAGCUUGCAUUAGGAUCUAGGUAGUCCAUCAGUGGCUGUUCCAUACUGGACAGGCUGAGAACCCAGGGUUGCUCAGUCCACGAGGCUGACUGUCUCAGCCAGCCUGCUGCUGAGGGCCUGGAGGAUUCUUUGGAGAACUGCUCAUCUCCAGACCAUGCUGGCAGCCUGAUGGAGCUGGUUCUCAGAGAAGCAGUGCAGCUAUGGCAGGAACAGGAUAGGUGCACUUGCCAGUGGGGUGAAGACAAGCAGGCAGAAAGCCAAACCUUCCUUCUGCAUGGGUUCUGCCCACAUGUGUGGUACAUUUCCUUCUUGAGAUAUUUGUUCAAGAAAAUCCCUCAGUAGAGUGGCAAGCUGCUUCUCUUAGUUGACUCCAGAUCAGUCAGGUUGACAACCAGGAUUACCUAUCACACAAAAAUGCUAAUGAACUUGGAUUUAAGAUAGGAGGGCAUCUCAAGUUCAGAUGUUUCUUUGUCCGUUAUAUGGAUAAAGUAGUAGUUGCAAUAAAAUAUUCCAAUCUUAUUAAAGCUCAUAGGUGAGGGAUUGUUAUAGAUACAUACGCAAAUGAGGAAAUGUAUUAGAUAGUUAACUGUGAAUGUCUGCUAUACAUAAGACGUUUCACUGUGUUUAGUUCGUGAUUAAAAAUGAAAGAAAGUACACUGUAUUCUGGGUUCAUCUCUUGGAUUAGAGCAGAUUCAUUAAAGUCUGUUGUCUUUACUUCUUGAAAUUUACUUCAUUGUAUCUAUUAUUUUCUUAAAAUGAGUGGUAGAAUUGAAAAAAAGACUAUUAAGUUUUAAAGAGUUAUUACCACAUUCUAUUUUGCAUAGUCUCAAAACGAAGCAUAUCUCAAACCAUCUUUUCUAUAACCUUGAAGGUGGCCUUAGGGUACCUAUAAUUAGUUAUUAGAUUGGCACAUCUUUGUACUUUGAUGUACUUAGUUUGUAGAGAUUGUUUAAAUAGAUUGCCAGAUAGAUCUGAAUGUCAAAAUUAGUAAUUAUAUAAAAUAUUGUUAUAGGAAGAUUUUAAGCAUAGGAAAUUGUUUAUUCUCUUUCAUUUGGGAACUUCCUUGAAGAAAAAAUAAUCAUCAUGAUUAAUUGCAUAUAUAAAUUUCAGCAGAUUCACUGGGAAAAAGUAGUUGAGGUGGCGGAGAUGGCUUGACCUGUAAGCCUGAAGACCUAGGUUUAAAUCCCGGUUCCUAUGCAAAAAGCUCAACAUGGUUACAAGUGCCUGUACUUCCCAGUUAGAGAGUGGAGACAGGUGAAUACCUAGAGCUGGGUGGCCCACUAGUCAAAAAAGUGAGGUUCUCAUUUAGUAAGAUACCUUACCUCAAGGCAAUUAGGUGGAGAACAGAGAAAGGCAGGUCCUGCUCUGGCCUGCUCUGCACACGGGUGCAUACCCUGACACAUGACAGUGUCUAAAAGUGUCACAGCCUUUAAUAAUUACUAGGUACACAGCAAUGGCAUUACGUCAUGAAUUACUUUCAAAGUAUUGGUGACUGGAGCCCUGAAGUUUAGACAUAACAGCUCCUGUUUUCUGAGAACGAGAUUCAGCAUGGAAACGUUUGGGUUUGACGUUACAGAAUUUGAUUAUCAUGUUUCCCAUACAAUAAUACUGGAAGUAAAGAGGUGGGAAGUCAGUUUGGAAACACUCAUGGCUGCGACUGUGACGUACACUUCAUGUGACUGUUAAGAUAGACGCUGCUCCUCCACACCCCAGAGCAGUGCUGGUCAUAGUGCCUAAGUGAAUGGGUCACUUGGGGAUCAUGUUGCUGUCUGGAGUGAUUGAAAGCUUCCUCAUCUCUACAGUGCUCAGAAGUAGCAUGGUCUCAGGGUCAUGAAAUGACGUUAAGCUGGCAGUGAAGCACCUUUCUGUAGAACAAUUCUGCAUAUCUGUCAGUAGCUCUGGAGGGCGUCGUUGGUUUACACGUAGCUCAUUACAGGGUUUCGGAAUAGUGACCUUACGGUUCCGAAGGGAACAGGUUGGUUUGUUUACUGAGAUAGCCAGACAUACACGAAAGCUUUCUAUUUUAAAAAACUUAGGAUAUGCAAAGGGUAUAAGGUAACCAGUUUUACUUAGUUGGAUGUGUGUUUGCAUAAAACCCAAUAAAAUCAUUAGCAAUUCAACAUAAGUGGUCUUACAUAAACUACAUGUUUAAAGUUUCAAGAAACAUGAGACUCCCUCUCUUGCCGAGUUUUGUUUUAACAUGGAAAUUGUAUGAUUUCUGCAGUAACCACGCUUUAGAAAAUAGAAAAUACAUCAAAAAUGAGAAGAAAAAACUCACACCAGUAUACAAAUAAUGUAAUAUUCUAAUAUACUACCAAUAGAAAAAUUGUAUUUUCUGUAUUUUUGUGUUUAUUCUAUGUGUUUGUGUUCAUAUAUGUAGGUGUACUUGCACAUAUGUAUAGGAAUCCAAACCACAAUCUUCCUGAUUGCACAGCAAACACGCAACCAGUCUCUCUCCAUCCCAUAAUUGACUUUUACUACUUUAGUUUUGUAGUAUUGAACUCAGGGCUGGAAAAAAAUGUUUUACGAGAUCACAGUUCUGCAGUAGCUGCAUUGACAUUUUGUUUUUAAAGUAGUGGUCAGAUAAGAUCAAAUAGUGGCAGAGGAGUUUUAAACAAACAAGAGAUCAGGAAGAUGGUUCAGCAGGUAACAGCACUUGUCACCAAGCCUGAGAACCUUAGGUCAUUGUCCUCUGAACUUAUGCAAACCCUGGUGCAUGUGCAGCUGUCAUGUACAACCAUAUAUGUAUGCACAUGGAUAUAUUGUGUAUAAUAUGUUUUACAUGAAACAUACACAUCUAAAAACAAAACUCCCAAAACAACGCAGAAAGGAAGGAGGGAAAGGGGGCUAGGUUCCCUACAACUACAUGAAUAGGUAACCAGAUAAGGAGCGGGAGCAGGGGUUAAGCUGAUGCCCUUUGCUCUCUGACCCAAUGUAAACUGUAAUGUCAAAAACAUUUGGGGCUCUGGUCUUGGGCAAUUGGGAUUGUGCCCUUUUCCUUUACUCCUAGAAGUGGGAAAAGGAACAUUGGUUGAUUUGUAAUCAAUGCUGUUUUGAGUUGUUUGGAAAUAUGUUAAAAAUCUCAACUAAAUUAAAAAUAAAAACCAGAUUUUUUUUCCCUCCA